GGUAAACCACUUUAGGUUACCAAAAUGCUUCUCAAAAUUUCUCCCUCUCAACAAUCCAAUCCAACACGGACGCCAUUUUAAUGCUGCAUUUCACUUCCAAUUCCUUAAUUCAUUUCUCUCCUCCUCUUCAAUCGCAAUUCUAAUCUCUCCGCCAUGAGAAUAAUCUCUCCGCCUGUCUCUUCUUCUUCUCCUUCUCCUUCUUCUUCUUCUUCUUCUUCCUCCUCCUGCAUCGGCUCUGAUUCCGGCAUUCAUAACAACAAUCUCGCCGCUCCUCACCGGCCGCAAUCUGAGAAAACCACAGCCAAACGGCGGAGGAGGAAUCAAGAUGAAACGAAAUGCCAGAUUCAUAAUCAUAACGCUAAUGGAUCCAACAACGCCUCUCCCGCUCGGCGGAGCUCCAUUUACAGAGGAGUUACUAGGCACCGAUGGACCGGCCGGUUCGAAGCUCAUCUCUGGGACAAGAGUUCAUGGAAUAACAUUCAGAACAAAAAGGGAAGGCAAGUUUAUUUGGGAGCCUACGACAACGAGGAAGCCGCUGCUCGAACUUAUGACCUUGCUGCCCUCAAAUACUGGGGCCCCGGGACCACUCUCAAUUUCCCGGUAGAGUCGUACACGAACCAAGUGGAAGAAAUGCGGAAAGUUUCCAAGGAGGAAUAUUUGGCGUCCUUACGGCGGCAGAGCAGUGGUUUUUCCAGAGGCGUCUCCAAGUACCGCGGCGUUGCCCGGCACCACCACAACGGCCGGUGGGAGGCUCGGAUUGGCCGUGUUUUUGGAAGCAAAUAUCUUUACUUGGGAACGUACAAUACACAAGAAGAAGCAGCUGCAGCAUAUGACAUGGCUGCCAUUGAGUACAGAGGAGCCAAUGCAGUCACCAACUUUGACAUUAGCAAUUACAUUGGGAGGUUACAGAAUAAAUCAUCACCAGAUCACCCCAAUUGCUCCCCUGCUUCUUCUCAGGGAGAAGUAGUACAACAACAACAACAACAAGACGACGUGGAUCAGCGGCAACAACAUCAACAACAAAUUGCAUUCUCGGGCCCACCUGACCUCCAGUUUUCGAUCGAGAAUAACCCCGCUUUGGUUGUUAUGGAUGAACCACCAACACAAGACGAUCAUGAUCUCCAUUGGUCUUUCUUAGACACGGGAUUAUUCGUGCAUGUCCCUGACCUCCCACUUGAGAAAUCGAGCGAGUUAGCUGACUUAUACUUUGACGAGAUCAGGUUUGAGGACGAUAUUGGGUUGAUGUUCGAAGCAAGCUUAGAAAACAAUAAGAACUGCGAAGGUAAUAACAACGAUGAUGAUGAUAAUGUUGGGAAGAAGGAGGUCAACAACUGUAAUGAGAAAAUCAGAUUGUUCGCAGCUACUACGACAACUUCACCGUCUUCUUCGUCGAUAACCACCUCGGUUUCGUGUGAAUUUAGGGUUUGAGUUCUUAGGGGCUUGUUGUUUUUGUUUAAAAUGGGAAAAAUCACUGUGUAAGAAUAUCAA